AUGACUUCAGUAAAAAAAUGGAUUGAGGAAAAGAUAAAGAAUGAAUAUUUUCGUUAUUUUGAAUAUGAGGAAUUUAGUCCUAUCAAUGAAAUUGGUAGAGGAAGUUUCGGUAAAGUGAUUAAAGCAAAUUUGGCUAAUACGGGAUUGGUCGCAUUAAAAAUUAUAAUUAGUAAAAAUUCAGAUGAACAUGAUGAGGUUAAUGAUGAGUUUAUCAAAGAGUUAAAGCUCCUUCGCGAGGUUGAUUAUCAUCCAAAAAUCAAUCGUUGUCUAGGAAUAACAAAAGAUUCUGAGAAUUAUAUUUUGGUGUUGGAAUAUGCAAAUGAAGGAAGUUUAAGAAAGUUUUUGGAAAAAAAUUUUACUUCUUUGAAAUGGAAUGAUAAAAUUCAAAUGGCAUUGGAUAUUACUAAUGGAUUAAAAUUACUUGACCUUGGACUAUCUAAAAAGUUGGCAGAAAUUACAACUAAUUCAGUGGGUAAUAGACAAGGAAUGAUUGAAUAUAUUGAACCACAAUGUUUUAAGAAUAUCAGGUAUAAAAAAGUCAAGAAGUCUGAUAUCUAUAGUUUAGGUGUUUUAUUAUGGGAAAUUUCAAGUGGGCGUCCUCCUUUUUCUGACUGUCCACGGGAUUUAAUUAAAGAUCACAUUAAAGAUGGUAAUAGAGAAGAACCAAUUGAAGGUACACCUACAGAGUAUCGAAAACUUUAUCAGGAAUGUUGGGAUGGUAAACCAGAAUCAAGACCAGAUAUUGAAAAAGUACAUGAAUUUUAA